GCAGACGCCGCGGGUGGUUUAAAAGCCCAAGCUGAGGAGGCGCUGCCCACAGAACCGAGGAGCACAACACCGGGAAAAGUUUACCUCUAACUAUCACAGGCGACUUGAGGGAAGCAGAACGGCAGAAAUGGCAACUCAAGCACAGCAGCCUCCCCAACUGCGCCUGGCCGAUCUCACCGCAGCGCAGUUCAUCGAGAUCUGGAAACAUUUUGACGCAGACGGAAACGGCUACAUUGAAGGGAAGGAGCUGGAGAACUUCUUCAAAGAGCUGGAGACUGCGAGACGAGGAGCCGGCGUGGAUCCCAAACAGGCUGCAUUCAAAGAAAAGAUGAAGGAGUUCAUGGCCAAAUUUGACAAGAACUCUGAUGGGAGAAUUGAGAUGUCAGAGCUGGCUCAGAUUCUGCCCACAGAAGAAAACUUCCUGCUCUGUUUCAGAGAGUUUGUUGGAUCCAGUGCUGAAUUCAUGGCAGCGUGGAGGAGGUAUGACACUGACCGCAGUGGAUACAUUGAAUCUAAUGAGCUGAAGGGUUUCCUGUCAGACCUGCUGAAGAGGGCCAACAGAAGCUACGAUGAGAAGAAGCUCAAUGAGUACACGCAGACCAUUCUGAAGAUGUUUGAUCUAAAUGGCGACGGCAAGCUGGGCCUCUCUGAGAUGGCGAGGCUGCUGCCAGUCGAGGAGAAUUUCCUGCUGAAGUUCCAGGGCAUCAGGCUCAUGGUUAAAGAAUUCAACUCACUCUUCGCUUUCUACGACAAGGAUGGUAACGGGCAUAUUGACGAGCAGGAGUUGGAUGCUCUGCUGAAGGACCUCUGUGACAAGAACAAAAUGGACGUGGACUCGACCGGACUGGGGGACUACAAACAGAGCAUCAUGGCUCUGUCUGAUGGAGGGAAACUUUACCGCACUGAGCUGGAGAUCGUCCUCUGUCGGGACUCUGCGCUGUGACCUCCCUGCCUGGGACCCUGCCCUCCUCCCCUACUUCCUACCUCCCGAUGUAACCUGGUGCAUGUGUGACCCUUAACCUCGCUACACCACUUAGAGUGAAGACAAAAGUGCUUCUGAAAGCACAAGUGUACUGCUUACCCUGCUGUUUACGCUUUCUACUUUUUUUUUUUUAAACAUGCAGUUCCAUAGUGGCAUAUAUCAAGAAAUAUAUUGUGCUUUUAUUUAUUUGACUUCCCGUUUUUAAUAUGCAUUUGUAUUUUUAAAUUCGUCUCAUAUUUGAAUAGCUUGCUCUCCACUGAAUUUAAAACGAAUACUUUUCUUCUACCUGUUUGUUUAUUUAUUACAAGCGUGUUUUAUUUGAUGAGGCUUCUACUGUUCUAUUAAUGAAUAUUACUGAGAGAUGAAUGAAUAAACAUAACAUGACAA